GCAAGCGUGGCACAGACCAAUCCAUUCAUCCUCCGAGCUGAAGCUCCCCCGCAGCGGAAACAAGCCAUGGCCAUUGCCCUGGGUGCAUGAUGCGCCCGGAGCAGCCGACAAUCCUCUCCUCCCAACACCGGCGGCCGCCAUUUGCAUGACCACGUAGCAGAGCAACUGUCUCUUCACUUCUCCUCUCCCAACUCCACACCGUUGGUUUUGGUCUGGCUGAAGAUUUUUCCUCAGUUUCGUUUCCCUUCCUUCCUCCUCUGAAUGCUUCUUAGUUUCGGGGGUUGAGCUUCUUUUCAGCUCCCAUAUAUGCCUCCGACCUCCCGUGUUUCGUUCUCCGCAGAAACGGAAACAUGAUGAAGUCUCUGCUUCGGCCGUCGAUCACAAGACCCGCCAAGGACAACCUCGAAGCUCCUUCCAAAUGGAGUCCGUUUCCCAAAAGGGUGUGUGUUUCUCGGCCUUCUUGCUUCAGAUUCCCAGCGCCGCCCACUUCCCGAUCAUCAUCGUUGGAGCUCCGAGCACACUCUACUUCGUCGGCGGUGAGGGCCCCCGAGAUUGGCUCCCACUCCACAGUGUAUCGUGAUUCUUCGCCGCAGUCUGAAUUUCUCGAAACCGAGAUAGAGAAGAUUAUAUAUGGGUUCCGGUUCAUGACUUUUCUGGGAGUGAUCGGUUCUUUGGUUGGAUCAUUCCUAUGCUUUAUCAAGGGUUGCACUUAUGUUGCUAAUUCCUUUGUGGAGUACGCCGUUGGUCGUAGCAAAGUGGUGUUCUUGUUGGUUGAAGCUAUAGAUGUGUAUCUCUUGGGAACAGUGAUGCUGGUCUUUGGAAUGGGUCUCUAUGAGCUUUUCGUGAGCAAUCUUGACAUUGCAAAGUCGCUUUCAGCAGAGAAAGGCCAAAAGACAUCAAAUCUAUUUGGGAUGUUCACUCUGAAGGAGCGGCCGAGAUGGCUGGACAUAAAAUCAGUAAACGAGCUGAAGACCAAACUGGGCCACGUGAUCGUGAUGCUUCUCCUGAUCGGUCUGUUUGACAAGAGCAAGAGGGCGGCAAUAAAUACUCCGUUGGACUUGCUUUGCUUCGCUGCAUCGGUACUCCUCUCAUCGGGCUGCCUUUACCUUCUCUCUAAGCUCACAGAAAACUAAAACGAAAAUCACUUUGAUGUACAUCAUCACUUGUAUUUUGUAUUCGACUUAUGUAACUUGUAUACGAUGACGAGCCAACUUAUCUGCUGUAUAUGCGCAGUUAAUUUGCCGUUUUUAUUUUGUUGGUAUAUAUUUCCAAAAGUUGUUGACAA